AUGAAUUACCAUUGGCGUUUCUUUGCUUUCGUACUUCCCGCACUAUCUGUGUGUGUCUACGAUUCCUCACUCUGUUAUCCAAAAACGGUUCAAUUCUACUUUGUAGUGGCUGUCUGUAUCUAUGUUAUCCGAAAAGAACUUGAACAGUACUUUAAUCGAAAAAAUGCAGUCCAUACUCCUCCUGUUGCCAUAACACCUUCUCCUUCUCCUCGUCCUAUUAGACGUCCCCAGUCACCUAUCAAUAACACUAUAAAAUUUCGUUCUAAUAUCUCAUAUUUUUCAUUGUUCCCGAUCAUUGCUGCUGGUCCUACAUUUAGAGCGCAUCUUACUUCCGAAGAACAAUUCACUGCUUCAAUUGCAGAGAUAAAUGGAUGGUUGAAAGGAGCUAGUCAACCCACGUUAUUGUAUUCCAGAGAAGAUCAACCUGGUACACGUGCUCUGUGCCGUCAGUUAUUGGUUCAGCUUUUCACUCAACAUCGUUCUACUCGUCUGCAUGCCAUGCUAAACUACAUGAACACUUCUAUCACAUUCGAGGAUGAUCCUUAUAUUUUAGCUAGAGCCUUGACCAAUUUAGUAUUGCGCGCGCUCAAUAUUCCCCAUAAUAUUGGACUCUACAAAGGGUCUAAUCACAGAUCUAUUGACAAGCUACUAACAAGUACGCUUAUAGCUGCGCAAGAUUCUCUUGUCUGUGAUUUUAUCUUGUACAAUCUCAUGCAUCAUGAUCAAGUAGACACAUUAUUAAACCAAGAUAUCAAUGAGACGACAGGUAGAAACAGUAUGGUGAAUAUCAAAAAGAAGCAAUCUUUACCUAUCUUUACCGGUAUACCCUUCAUGACGCCUUUACCAUCACCUUCUACUUUUGAGUUCUUCGAACGUACCUUUGGGUUAUUUCGUCCCGAUCAAGAGCAUUUAUCUGUUCAAUCAGCUUUGGUCAAGGACUCAAUAGAAACAACAUUGGACAAAAUAGAUCGUCUACAUUCUUUGCUGUGGAACAAAAACACACGCCGUUUGCUAGCUUGUAUUUCGCCUCCCAUUUUACCUGAACAAGAGGUCGGUAGAGAUCCCUUAUUUUUUCAGAUAGAAGCGAUACCUUCUCCACCUGGUGGUUCUAGAGUACCAACUCCUGGUGAGAUAAAGUUUUACUUUACGGAGUCGGAGCCUAUCCAUGUCGAUGCCGAUACCGAUGACACCAGCUGGCCAUAUGUUAAUUAUAGGCGUUUACAUCCUGAAGAUAGAGGCUUACUGACUUACGGAACUACACCUGCUAUCUUUGAAGACUCAAUUGUACCACUACGAGCUACUCAAAUCUUGGUAAUGAAACAUUUGAGAAAAUUGUUAGGAAGCAAAGAAUUCACCUUGUACAACCAUUUGCACGCACUUUCAAAAGCAGGAUAUGCAUAUGAUGAUGCAGAAAAUGAUCUGAAUCGUAUCCGAAACAGUCUACACAUGUUGGAAUUAAACUACCGGACCUUUCAAGAUCGCCUACAAGAGUAUGAAAAAGGUUUUGUGAUUCACCAGUUAUCAAACUAUGUCAAGAUGUUUCAAUCGGAAGUCGAAUGCGUGGAAACGGCCAAUAUGAGACGUCGCGCGGAGGGUGCUCACCGCCUAGUGUUUCCAAUAAGAAAAAUAGGUGCUCUCACUAAGAGUGUAGCUUGGAAUCUUAAAUACGUUUUAGAACGCUUUACCAAAUUCGACCAUGCUUACAAAAAGCCCGCUUAUCGUAGACUUGUCCAUAAUAUGUACCGCACUAUAUCUGACAACGUGGAUAAUCUUACUUUUGGUAAUAACAGAGACUAA